ACCAAUUGAGAUUCAUACACCUUGCAAUAUUAUUGUAUUCAAAUGGAAGAGGGAAAGAAGAGAAUGGCUGUUUUGGUUGGGUGCAAUUACCACAACACCAGAAACGAGCUACAUGGCUGUAUAAACGAUGUACUAACCAUGCGCGAGACGCUGGUGACCCGGUUCGGAUUCCAGCUGAGCCACGUUGAGCUUCUCACUGAUGAACCAGGCUCCUUGGUGAUGCCUACUGGUGCAAACAUCAAGAAGGCGCUUGAUAGGAUGGUCGAUCAGGCUGAACCCGGGGAUGUCCUCUUCUUCCAUUACAGUGGUCAUGGCACGAAGAUCCCUUCCGUGAAACCCCACCACCCCUUUAGCCAAGAUGAAGCUAUUGUGCCAUGUGAUUUCAAUCUCAUCACUGAUAUAGACUUCAGGCAGCUGGUGGACCGUAUACCAAAGGGAGCAAACUUCACAAUCCUCUCGGAUUCUUGCCACAGUGGGGGCCUCAUUGAUAAAGAGAAAGAGCAAAUUGGGCCUUCUUCAGUCAAUUUUACCAGCACCACUUUUCCUUCCCAGAAGCCAAAGAUGAUACCCUUCGAGGCCAUACAGCAGCACCUUUCGUCACUCACGAGCAUAAACACUUCAGACAUUGGCACCCACUUGUUAGUGCAUUUUGGAGGGGAUGCCAGCCUCAAGUUUCGUCUACCUCCAACAGCACUGGACUGGUUUGAGUCGCUGCGGUCCGACGCAGGAAUUCUAUUAAGUGGGUGCCAGGCAAACGAGACUUCCGCAGACAUGAAUCCAAUGAUGACCGGAGAGAAGGCCUAUGGAGCUUUCAGUAAUGCAGUUCAAACGGUUUUCAAGCAGCAGUCGGGUAAAUUAAGCAAUAAAGAAGUAGUGAUGCUGGCCAGGAAGGCUUUGCAGGCCCAACACUUCGAGCAGCACCCUUGUCUGUAUUGCAGCGAUGAGAAUGUUGAUGCAACUUUCCUGUGGCAGCCUAAAGGCCCAUCUGCCUGAACAUUAAGAUGGUGCACUUUACAUAUGGUUGUAAUCACUCGUUUCCCCACUGUAUGUUACAGUGGUCAAGUGAUCAAUUAGUCAAUAAAGCAGUUUGUAUUGAUCUAAAUAAAACAUGGUGGGGGCAAUAUUCUUUAUUCA